GGUCGUACGUACGCAAAUGCCGUAAAUAGACCCAGACACCACUCGAAAAUGGACCGUAAAACAGAAAUAGGUUGGAUUCAGAAAUGCGCUCUUUUCGUACGCAGAGGCGUUGUGAUCAUUCAAUAAGAUUCGCACGGACUGUUUACAAACAGAAGCUCAUAAGUUGUUUAUUUGCGGCAUCUGAGCUGGAUUUGAGCCGCAACGUGCAGAAGGCUCUCUGUUUACAUGUGGUUGCUGGGCUUCACAACACACCACAGGUAGAGUCGGUGGUGCCAAGGGCCUCCUGUCAAAGCACAAACUCUGAACAUGGUGAGGCUGGAGUUGGACCAGGUGGUAAUGAGGAGGAUGAAGGAGGACGACAUUGAAGUAGUGAAAGCCCUUGUUAAGGAAGGCUGCGAGGGCACUGAGAACCGUCUCAUCUUACACAUCCUCACACGUCCACUCUGCCUUUUCAUCCUGGCUGUUUUCUCCUCGAUCCUGCGCUGCCUUGUUCACUCUUUCAUCCUGGCCCUCGCUAUCCCUGUGUUCCUGCUGAUUGUUUUUCUCAAGAUCACUAUGCCACGGUCAACGGGGGUCCUGGGCAGCAGUCGCCCCUACUGGGACUACGUUGGCAGUAGCUACAGAGGCCAACAGGAUGAGACGCUACAGAAUCCUUACUGCAGGAUCAGUGGGAAAACACCAGGAACAAAAAAGCAACGGCGCAGACUUGGAUGCAAAGACAAAGACAAGGAAACAUCAUCAGAGAAGAUCACUGCAGAGAGAGAGCAAGCAGCAGGUCAGGUGUGGGUGGCAGACUGCGAAGGGGAUAUCGUGGGCUGCGUCUUCCGUGAGAGCGAGACACGUCCGAGUGUGAGGAGGAUCUGCAGGCUUGUGACGGGCUGCUGGUACCGCAGGGAGGGUCUGGGUCGUCUUCUGGUCCAGAGUCUGGAGCUGAAGGAGAGGGAGAGCGGCGCACGUAGGGUGUACGCACACAUACCCUACCCGUCCAAAGUAGGCGAAGCCUUCUUCAGGAAAGUGGGCUAUCGGCAGCUUGGUGAGGCUGAUGAAGAAGAUGACGAUGAGAUGAAGAACGAGACCCCAGAGAGAGGUCUUAUGGGGUACCCUCUCACUAAGGUGUUCUACAAAGACUUGUGAUUGACAAUCGAGUCAAAGCAAUUAGAAUAACGGCAUGUUUACUUGUUAACCCUUGAAUUAUGCGAUAUUAAUGAAAGUAUUUAUUUAUCAUGUGCGUCGGCGCUAUUUAAUUUUAAAUGACAUCUCCAUUUUGAUAAAGAAAUCGGUUUCUCUUUGUUUAUUCAUGCAAAAAAGACAUUGCAAAGUCUGAGAUGUGCUGUACUUUGCACUCGUUUGAUCAAGUAAAUCAUUUCUGUCAAGUCUGUUUCUUUAUCUUGCAUCCACUCGUCUCUUUUGUCAAGCACCUCAACGCAACAAUGCAAUGCAUUUGAACGACUGAAGGCGUUCGCUCUGGUGUGAAACGAUAGAGAUGUGUAGGUGUUUGUACAGUUACUGUAGAGGAAGUGUGUGUGGUUUAUGUGAAUGUGCAGAAUUUAUCUUUGAUCUCAGCGCUCGUCUGUUGCUGCUCACCUUCACACUCACAGAGAUUGUGACUCUGCAGAAACAACCGAUGCUCCCUUUUGUUUCUUUAAUCCUUGCAGUUUUGUUACAUUUUAGAUAUUGAACAACAGGUUUUAUAUUAAUUCUUAAAUGUUUGUGGUAUUCAAAGGUUUCUUCAUAUUUUUUCAUGUUAAAGUAAGCGCAAUCUCGUUUUACCAUAUCAGUGAAAUGUUGCAACACUUGUAACCAGAGACAAUAACUGUUUGAUACCUUUUGAAAGUAUUCACACCCCUUGAGCUUUUACAUAUUUUAUCACAUCAAAAUCAUACAUUGUGGUAUAUAAGGAUUUUUCAUGUGACAGACAAACUCAAGAUGGCACACAACUGAGAAGGAGGAGGAAAAUGAUGCAUGUCUUUUAAGAAUUUUUGCAAUCAAAAAUCUAAAAACAAGUGUGCUAUGCCUUCAUUUCUAGUCAUGCCCUCCACAAAUCUGGUCAGAAACGUAGCCAGAAGAAGGCAAACAGAAAGGUUUUCAGGUCAUACAAGCCUGAAAUUGAACUUUCUGACCUAGAUGCAGACACUGUUUGUUCUGAAAAACUACCACUGCAGAUGAACUGGAAGUCUGCAUCUCUGUGAUUAAAAGCUUGGAGGCAGCACCCUUCUGUGGAGAUGUUUUCCUUUAUCUGGGUGAGGAAAAAUGGAAACCUGCCGGAGGAUGCAAAAGACAUGAGAUGGAGGCACAGCUUCACCUUCCGGCCGCGAAACCUAAGCAAACAGUCAAAUCAAUGACGGGAUGGGUUAUAUACAAGUUUAUUUAUUUUAAAUAUCUCUGUAUAAAAUGGCCAAGUCAAAGUCGUCACUGCAAUCCAAAAAGGAAUCUUUGAAAAGGCUUAAAAAUUGCUGCCUACAGACAUUCUCCAUCCAGUCUAACAAAGCUUGAACUGUUUUGCAAAGAAGAAUAGACAAAAAUUUCGGCCCUGCUGCUUCACAAUCAUGCACUGGUUGAUGUUGGCCUAUAAUAUAAAACACUAGAGCAACGCAUUAAAGUUCAUGGUUAUAACAUAUAAAGAAAUGAGAAAAAUGUUCAAGAGGUAUGAAUACUUUUGUAAGGCAGAUCGUGUAUGAUUUUAAGGAUAAAUGUUGCAGCUCGUGAUUGCCACAACAUUGUAAAGAUUAAUUCCGAACAUUGCAGGUUAUAACCUGGUUUCCUUUUUGAUUGUUUAUAAUUUACAGAUUAAAGUGCAAUGCAAUAAACAUAUAUACAUAA